AUGGCUUCAUCCUUCCUCUGCCUCCUCUUCAUCAGCCUCAGCACAGCAGAUGGAUUCAUGGAGUAUUAUGUGUAUCACUGUGUGUUUAACUCCACUGAUCCGAAGGACAUCCAGUUCAUCGACUCUUACUAUUACAACAUGAUGGAGGUCGUCAGGUUUGACAGCAAUGUGGGAGAGUAUGUUGGAUACACUCAGCUGGGAGUGAAGAACGCAGCAGAAUGGAACAAAGAUCCAGGACGGCUGGCUGCACGGAGAGCUGAGAAGGAGAGGUACUGCCAUAACAACAUUGGUCUUGACUACAGCAACGCUCUGUCUAAAUCAGCUACGCCCUACGUCAGACUUCACUCCAGUACGCCUCCUUCUGGUAUCCAUCAAGCCAUGUUGGUCUGCAGUGUCUAUGACUUCUACCCCAAAAACAUCAAAGUGAGCUGGCUGAGAGAUGGACAGGAAGUCAGCGCUGAUGUCACUUCCACUGAGGAGAUGGCAGAUGGUGAUUGGUACUACCAGACCCACUCACACCUGGAGUACACACCCAGGUCUGGGGAGAAGAUCUCCUGUAAGGUGGAGCACGCCAGCCUGGAGAAACCUCUGAUCACUGACUGGGAUCCCUCCUCGUCCAUGCCUGAGUCAGAGAGGAACAAGCUCGCCAUCGGAGCCUCAGGACUGAUCCUGGGUCUGAUCUUAUCUCUGGCUGGUUUCAUCUACUACAAGAGGAAGGCCCGAGGUCGUAUCCUGGUUCCCACUAACUGAGCCUGGGUCCUG